AUGAUGGAGCCGGUGCAGACGGAGAUGUGGAAGGCGCAAAGCCUGGAGGAGCUGAUCCGCAUCCUCCAUCGGAUAUUCGCUGAGGACAAAGUCAGCGUAGAGGAGGUGCAGGCGCUGAUGGAAUCGUAUGAGAGCAACCCCGAGGAGUGGCUGCAAUACGCCAAAUUCGACCAGUACAGGUAUACAAGAAAUCUUGUGGAUAGUGGAAAUGGAAAGUUCAACUUGAUGAUCUUGUGCUGGGGUGAAGGUCAUGGCAGCAGUAUCCAUGACCACACUGACUCACACUGCUUCAUGAAGAUCCUCCAGGGAAAUCUGAAGGAGACUCUGUUUGAAUGGCCUGAGAAAAAAUGGAAUGGUGAAAUGAUUAAGAAAUCAGAACGUGUUUUGAGGGAAAAUCAAUGUGCCUAUAUUAAUGACUCCAUUGGCCUGCACCGUGUGGAGAACAUAAGCCACACAGAGACUGCUGUAAGCCUGCAUUUGUACAGCCCACCCUUCGACAGCUGUAACACCUUUGAUCAGAGGACUGGACACAAGCACAAAGUGAAGAUGACCUUCUACAGUGAGUUUGGAGAAAGGACUCACAGUGCAACAGCAGUGCUGCAGGAGAACAACUGAGAAGCACCAGCAUGUGUUUGCAUAAGACCUGCUGAAUGUU